AUGGAAGAAGAUGAAUUUCCCAUUGGUUUAAAGAUUCUUGUUGUAGAUGAUGAUGAGACAUGUCUCUUUAUAUUAGAAAGGAUGCUUCAGUCUCUGAAAUACCAAGUUACCAAAUGCCGGGGUGCAGAGGAGGCUCUAUGUAUUCUUCGAGAGGAUAAAGGCAAGUUUGAUAUAGUGAUUAGUGAUGUGCACAUGCCCACCAUGGAGGAAGGAUUCAAGCUCCUUGAGACAGUUGGUUUGGAGAUGAAAUUGCCUGUUAUCAUGAUGUCAUCGGAUGAUAAUCAUGAGACGAUGAAGAAGGGCAUCAUUCAUGGUGCUUGUGAUUAUUUGGUGAAGCCGUUCCAGAGGACGGCUCUUAGACUGAUUUGGCAGCAUGUGGUCCGCAAUAGAAGAAACAUGGUAGCACUCGCAGCUGCAGUUGCAGAGCCCAAGUCAUGCGUUUUGGUGGAAGAUGAUGAUGAUGAUGAUCUUGUUGCCUCUCCAGCGAAGAAAAGAAGACGCCUAGUUUGGACAGCACAGCUUCAUCAUCAGUUUGUCACUGCUGUGAAUCAACUUGGGCAUAAAAGUACGUACUACGAAUGCUUUACCAACUAA